CGCACGUCGACAUGGUAAUCGUUCCCUAUUCCGCUGAUUGGGAAAGCUCCUGCACCCAUUUAUCGGCGAGACGUGUGGAAUCAAGAUUUGAAUGUACAGCCCUCCCAUCCUGCCUCGCGGCCGCUCUCCGAGUCCUGGCGCUCCCAAGAAGCGGCCGUCCUGACCCUGUGACACGCGUCUUCCUCUAUAUUUCAGUCCUCCCGCGCCUCUCGCUUGCGCCUUUCCCCUCGCCGACGCUGGUUCUCGCUUGGGACUUCUCCUUUCGUCUCAGCGGCCCACCUGCUCGCCACCCUCCUCCGCGCUGGCCGACUCGGACUGCACGAGCUCUAACCUCCGUCUACCACCAGCUUUCGCGUCGGGAAUCGCCCGCUGUUCGCUGAGGACUCACACACAGUUUUCUCCGUCGACACCGAUCCGACUAUCCUACAUGCAUGGCCGAUCCCGCCUUUCCCCUCACCAUCGACGACACCUCCCCGAUCGUCCUCUACCAGCCCUUCGGGGACAUAUUCACUGCUGUGCCAAACCUCGCUGCCGGCUGGAACCAGUACUACAACAUCUCGGGCUUUGCGCAGUCGCCUUCUGGAGCAGGCACGUCGGUCAGUGCAUCUACAGUGGGGAAUGGCACAAGCCUGCACCUCACCGCCAGCGACGGCGCGGAACUACGGAUCGAUUGGAACGCGACGCGCGAGACGUGCGCUAGCCGCGAUGCGCGCCGCGUCGCGCCUAGCAGCGCAGAAGAGGGCGAUAGGGCGACCGUCAGCCGUCGCCCCUGGACCGACAUCACCAUCUUCGGCACCCUCAUCCCAGCGUCGACCGAUGCCGACUUCACAUACUUGGUCGCCCUCGACGGGACCGCAACGACGAACUUCCUUUCACACUUGUCUUCCAAUCCCGUCGUCGAGACCGCAACCACCGACGUCCUGGCGUCGUUCCAGGGCCUCGCCGAGGGUUCGCAUUCCCUACAGCUCACCCUCCGCAAUCCCGGGUUGGCAAGCGCGUCGGGAAACCUCACCGGCCCGCUCCUUGCAUUCGAUCGCGUCCAGGUGCAGAUGGGCGCAGGGAAGCCGAGUUCCACGCCUAUCGUCAGCCCGAGCGCCAACACAACCUCGUCCGCCGCCACCGCAAGCACGUCGCCCGUUCCAGACGACCAAAUUGCAUAUCGAGGACAGUGGAGCUUCGCGUCUGGACUCCUUCCCGACUCAACGGCGUCGUUCCAUACGAGCAAUAACGUCGGGGAUAGAGCGACACUUGUGUUCAACGGCUCAGCCGUUGGGCUCACGGGCCUCACCACGCCUGCGUCAGGCGCGUACAACGUAUCCCUCGACAGCGAGGAUCCCGUCACGCUCUCCUCACGUGCCUCCUUCACCGCCUCCGCGCCCACACUCCUCUUCUUCCGCACCGGGCUCGACCCCACCGUCAUGCACACGCUCGAGGUCGUCAACGCCGGCCCCGCCGCCGCCGGCGACAGCGCGGGCUCUUUGCUCGUGCUCGCCGCCGUCAACGUCACGACCAUCCAAACCGCAGGCGAGUCGCCGCCCGGCGGCACGUCGUCGGGGCUGUCCAAGGGCACUAUUGCGGCGCUCGCAAUCGGCAUUACGCUCGCGGUCGCGCUCGUCGCUGUGGCGGCGGUCUGCUGCGCGCGUCGCCGGCGGCGCAUCGCGCGGCGAAAGCGCGAGAUGCUCGUGAACCCCCGCAUUAGCCGCGCCGGCCGGCUCUCGUUCUUGUUCCCGCACAAGCGCCUCAGCCACGCGGGCGAGAAGGCGGCGGAGCGCGAGGGCCAGGGCGGGCAGGGCGUGCUGCACAUCAGCAGCCCGCACCCGGACGCGCCCGAGAAGCAGGACGAGAGCGAGGAUGAGGAGGACGGGGACGGCACGGGCGAGGGCACGGGCGAGGCCGGCGAUGAGGAGAGCCACGCACAGCGCUUCUCGGCGGCGGAGAAGGGGAAGGCGCGCGCGCUCCGCAAGAGCAACGCGUCGACGAAGAACUCGGACGGGAGCUACUCGAUCGAUCUGCCGGACCUGACCAUAGCCCAGGUCCCGCGAGGCUACCUGCCGGCAUCGAUGGUCCCGUCGACGCCCUCGCCGCCUCGUACGUUUGGCGGGACGCUUCCGUCCCCAGUGUCGCCACGCAGCCCGAAACCACGCGGCCCGCGCGAGAUGCAGGGGCGCGACUCGACGCGGGGCAUCCUCCUGACGAACAUGGGGCCUACUUCCCCAGGAGAAGAUGAUGCGGACGGCGAUGUACGCCUCCGGGCGCCGUCGUACCUCCCGGACACGCACAUCUCGCCCCUGCGCGUCGAGUUCGCGACGGAGCUGCCAGAGCGGCCGGACAGGCGGACAGAGCGGGCGAUCAGCACAGGCACCGCCGUCUCAUUGCCGCAGUCGCUCCAGCAAGCUCUCUCUGAGCAGCGGAGCUCGCGGGCGGUGUCCGCUGAGGUUCCCAGCCCGACGCGGCCAGAGCCCGUCUUCUCGUUCCUGGACUUCAAUAACUCGUCGACGUCGACGUCGCUGUCGCGCACGCAGCGCCAGUCUGGCACGGACUCGACGGGGAAGUCCACGAGCUCGUCCUCGAAGCGGAAUACGGGCAGCGAGCACAGCACGCACUCCCAAACCGUCAACUGGGCCUCCCUCCCGCCCGAUCGCCGCAUCUCGCUCGGCCUGUCUAUGACCGUCUCGGGCGGCCCGACCGCGUCCCGCCCAUCCCUCUCCCCCAGUGUCCUGCUCCAGCCCGUGGCCCUGCCUGCUCAAGCAGCACCACCCCUCCCCACGAUCGCGACCGACGACCAGACGCUCUCCUCGUCCAGCAGCGACGAGCUCGAAGGCCCUGACCAGGCCUUCCCAUACGAUGCCGCUGGGGGGCAGCUUCCCUCGCCCACCGACUCCAUCCCCUUCACAGUCUCCGACAUCCACUUCCGGCACUCGACACAAUCCUCGCUCGCCGGGGGCCCCGAGUCGCGCCGUGCGUCCGCCCAACGCCUCAGCGGCUCGCACCGCCCACCACAUCCGCCCCUGCCCGGCCUCCCCGCCAGCCCGACAUCGCCCUCGCGCGCGCUGCACGCGCACCACCGGGGUGGGUCGGUGGGUGGUUCUCAGACCGUCCCGCCAUUCAUCGUGCAGCGCAUCCUCGGGCGCACCCCUAGCUCGAACCCGGGCACGCCGUUUGGCAGCCCAAUCGCGCCCCAGUUUGCGAGCAUCGGGAGCACGAUGGGGCGUGCGGCUAGUGCGGGGGUUGCUAGAGGCUCCACGUCGCCGACACCUGCGCCUGCAUCUGCUUCUGCGCCGGCUUCUCCUCAGCCUGCGGGUGGGAGGGGCUCGGGCGGCGCACAACAGCAGACGACUGGGAGUGGCUCUGGCUCGGGGCCGACGGUGUUUGGCUUCCAGCUCCCAGGGCGCCAUCGAUGAAGCUCUCCUAUCCCCCUUCAACAUGGUAUUGUACACCACACACCCACUCGUUGCGACCCGCUGGAGCGGCCUUUUGCUUCACUGCAUAUAGUUGCUCCCCCUAACUUAUCGUGACGUCCUAAUCGGCUCGCGUUAUCCUUUCGCGAGCACGGCGGCGGGCACAGUGUGCGCCCGCCGCGGUGUCUCCUGCUAGUACAGUUUGCAACUUGCACUUUUCAUCACACGGACACUCUGCAUUUGUUCUGCUGUCCAUUGUACAUAUUACCCCACUUUGCAUCGCUCGCCUGUUGUUCACUACGAUCCUUGCGCCUCUGUGGCCAACCACCGUGUUCAUCUAUCUUCCGUCGCUCUUGGUUGGAAUCCUGCGCCCGGCCACGCUCGUUCCUCUUGGAAUAUCUGUGCACUACCGCUGCUCCUUGCCUCUGACUUGUCCGUGCAUCGCCUGCUCGUUUGUUGUUGUCUUGGUCGUGC